AUGAGUGACGCUACUAAAGAAACAUUCUUCUUCACUUCUGAGUCAGUUGGUGAAGGACACCCAGACAAGAUUUGUGAUCAAGUCUCGGACGCCAUCUUGGAUGCUUGUUUAGCCGUUGACCCAUUGUCCAAGGUUGCUUGCGAAACUGCUGCCAAGACCGGUAUGAUUAUGGUUUUCGGUGAAAUCACCACCAAGGCUCAAUUGGACUACCAGAAAAUCAUCAGAGACACCAUCAAACACAUUGGUUACGACCACUCUGAAAAGGGUUUCGACUACAGCACUUGUAACGUCUUGGUUGCAAUUGAGCAGCAAUCGCCAGAUAUUGCUCAAGGUUUGCACUAUGAAAAGGCUUUGGAAGAGUUGGGUGCUGGUGACCAAGGUAUCAUGUUUGGUUACGCUACCGAUGAAACCGAUGAAAAAUUGCCAUUGACCAUCUUGUUGGCUCACAAGUUGAAUGCUGCUUUGGCUUCAGCUAGAAGAUCUGGUGCUUUGCCAUGGUUGAGACCAGACACCAAGACUCAGGUCACUGUUGAGUACGAAAAAGACGGUGGUGCCGUGAUCCCAAAGAGAGUCGACACGGUUGUUAUUUCAACUCAACACUCUGACGAUAUCUCUACCGAGUCGUUGAGAGAAGAAAUCAUUAGUCACAUUGUCAAAAAGGUGAUUCCAGCACACUUGUUGGACGACAAGACCAUUUUCCACAUUCAACCAUCAGGAAGAUUUGUUAUUGGUGGACCACAAGGUGACGCGGGUUUGACCGGUAGAAAGAUUAUUGUUGACACCUACGGUGGUUGGGGUGCCCACGGUGGUGGUGCUUUCUCCGGUAAGGAUUUCUCAAAAGUCGACAGAUCUGCUGCUUAUGCUGCUAGAUGGGUUGCCAAGUCAUUGGUCAAUGCCGGCUUAGCUAGAAGAGCCUUGGUUCAAUUCUCAUACGCCAUUGGUGUUGCCGAACCAUUGUCCAUCUACGUUGACACUUAUGGUACUUCCAAACACUCAUCAGACGAAUUGGUUGCCAUCAUCAAGAAGAACUUUGACUUGAGACCCGGUGUCAUUGUCAAGGAAUUGGAUUUGGCCAGACCAAUCUACUUCAAGACUGCUUCCUACGGUCACUUUACCAACCAAGAAAACCCAUGGGAACAACCAAAGAAGUUGAAUUUUUAA